CUCUCCUCGACGGCGAGCCUCCCAUUGCGUCUUCUGUGAGCGUAGCUGGGCUGCCUCUCUGCUAAUUGGUCUGCCGAGUCUGCAUUCUCAACACCACAUCCGCUCGCGACACGCCAAUACAUCCUCCAGCAGUCGUUUAUCGCUAGCUCACUGCUCGCCGUCGCAGCACCAUGGCCGACACACAUACCGGUGUCUCUGAACACACGGAGACGCCUCCAAACCACCUCGGGAGCGACAUUCCUACCGGCGGCCUGGACGAGAAGAAGGAGUAUCCUACCGAACACCCCGAAGCUGGCAACGAUGUACCGCCCAAGAAGCUCGAGCAAGACGAGGACGAGGACGAGGACAUUGACGCCCUGAUCGAGGAGCUCGAGUCCAUGGACGCCGGCAUCGACGCCGAGGAAGAGGAGGUCACACAGCCUGGUGGUGCGAGGCCCGUCGCCGAGGACCUGCUCCAGACCGAUACCCGCACCGGUCUGACCUCCGCCGAGGUCCUCAUCCGCCGAAAGAAGUUCGGCCUGAAUCAGAUGAAGGAGGAGAAGGAGAAUCUGAUUCUCAAAUUCUUGGGUUACUUCAUUGGCCCUAUCCAGUUCGUCAUGGAGGCUGCCGCCGUUCUCGCUGCCGGUCUCCAGGAUUGGGUUGAUUUCGGUGUCAUUUGCGCCUUGCUCAUGCUUAACGCCUCUGUCGGUUUCAUCCAGGAAUUCCAGGCUGGUUCCAUCGUCGAGGAGUUGAAAAAGACUCUCGCGCUCAAGGCCACUGUUCUCCGUGAUGGUGCUCUCGCCGAUGUCGAGGCACCUGAAGUCGUCCCCGGUGACAUCCUCCAGAUCGAAGAAGGUACAAUCAUCCCCGCCGACGGCCGCAUUGUCACCGAGGACGCGUUCCUCCAGGUCGAUCAGUCCGCCAUCACCGGAGAGUCUCUCGCCGUGGACAAGCACAAGGGCGACACUUGCUAUGCCUCGUCCGCCGUCAAGCGUGGGGAAGCUUUCAUGGUUAUCACUGCCACGGGUGACAGCACCUUCGUUGGUCGCGCCGCCUCUCUCGUAGCCUCUGCCUCCGGUGGUACUGGUCAUUUCACUGAGGUGCUCAACGGCAUUGGCACGGUUCUUCUUAUUCUCGUCAUCAUCACACUGCUCGUCGUCUGGGUGUCGUCUUUCUACCGAUCCAAUUCUCUGGUCACCAUCCUCGAGUUCACCCUCGCCAUCACUAUCAUCGGUGUGCCCGUCGGUCUCCCCGCCGUCGUCACCACCACCAUGGCUGUCGGUGCCGCCUACCUUGCCAGGAAGCAGGCUAUCGUCCAGAAGCUCUCCGCUAUUGAGUCUUUGGCCGGUGUCGAGAUUCUCUGCUCUGACAAGACUGGCACGUUGACCAAGAACAAGCUCUCUCUCGCCGAACCCUACACUGUCGAGGGUGUUGAGCCCGAAGACCUCAUGUUGACUGCUUGCUUGGCCGCCUCCCGCAAGAAGAAGGGUAUUGAUGCCAUUGACAAGGCUUUCCUCAAGGCCCUCAAGUUCUACCCGCGUGCCAAGGGCGUCCUCUCCAAGUACAAGGUCAUCGACUUCCACCCAUUCGACCCCGUCUCCAAGAAGGUUCAGGCCGUUGUCGAGUCUCCCCAGGGCGAGCGCAUCAUCUGUGUCAAGGGCGCUCCUCUUUUCGUCUUGAAGACCGUCGAGGAGGACCACCCCAUUCCCGAAGCUGUUGAUGAAGCCUACAAGAACAAGGUUGCCGAAUUCGCUACUCGUGGUUUCCGUUCCCUCGGUGUUGCACGCAAGCGUGGUGAUGCCAGCUGGGAGAUCCUUGGUAUAAUGCCUUGUUCCGACCCUCCUCGUCACGAUACUGCCCGCACUAUCAACGAAGCCAAGACUCUCGGUCUGUCCAUCAAAAUGUUGACUGGUGAUGCCGUCGGUAUCGCCCGUGAAACUUCCCGGCAACUCGGUCUCGGCACUAACGUCUACAACGCUGAACGUCUUGGUCUCGGUGGAGGAGGAGAGAUGCCCGGUUCCGAGGUCUAUGAUUUCGUCGAGGCCGCUGAUGGUUUUGCCGAGGUUUUCCCCCAGCACAAGUACAACGUCGUCGAAAUUCUGCAACAGCGUGGCUACCUCGUUGCCAUGACUGGUGACGGUGUCAACGAUGCCCCGUCUCUCAAGAAGGCCGAUACCGGUAUCGCCGUCGAGGGUGCUUCCGAUGCUGCCCGUUCCGCCGCCGACAUUGUUUUCCUUGCCCCCGGUCUCUCCGCCAUCAUUGAUGCUCUCAAGACCUCUCGCCAAAUUUUCCAUCGUAUGUACGCCUACGUUGUCUAUCGUAUUGCGCUCUCGCUGCAUCUGGAAUUCUUCCUCGGUCUCUGGAUUGCCAUCCUCAACACCUCACUCAAUCUGGAACUCGUUGUCUUCAUCGCUAUUUUCGCUGAUAUCGCCACUCUUGCCAUCGCCUACGACAACGCCCCCUUCUCCAAGACCCCAGUCAAGUGGAACCUGCCCAAGCUUUGGGGCUUGUCCGUCCUUCUCGGUGUUGUCCUCGCCGUCGGUACCUGGAUCACUCUUACCACCAUGUUCCCCUACCAGGAUCUGCCCAACGCAGCCCACCAGGGUAUUAGCGGUGGUAUUGUUCAGAACUUUGGUGUUCGUGACGAAGUUCUCUUCCUCCAGAUCUCUCUCUCUGAGAACUGGCUGAUCUUCAUCACUCGUGCCAACGGUCCUUUCUGGUCGUCUAUCCCCUCGUGGCAACUUGCCGGUGCUAUCCUGUCUGUGGACUUGAUCGCCACCUUCUUCUGUCUCUUUGGUUGGUUCAUUGGUGGCCAGACCUCCAUUGUUGCUGUCGUCCGUAUUUGGAUCUUCUCCUUCGGUGUCUUCUGCGUCCUGGGUGGUGUGUAUUACCUCCUCCAGGACAGCGCCGGAUUCGACAACCUCAUGCACGGCAAGUCGCCAAAGAAGGACCAAAAGCAGCGGUCACUAGAAGAUUUCGUUGUCUCGUUACAACGCGUCUCGACAAAGCACGAGAAGGGCGAGUAGAAUCGUCCUGUUUGAUGAUUUGCAUGUUUUUUCUAAUACCAAGGUCUGAGUGACGGGAGGUUGCGAGGAAAGGGAAGAUCAAAGGAGUUGUCGAUAUUAUACACCCCCCAAAAAAAACCCAACACACUACAAAGCCUGCAAAACCACAACUGGUAAUAGUUGGG